AUGCCUUUGAACUCUAUUGUUGUUGUCGAAAUUUUUGAUAUAUGGGGUAUUGAUUUUAUGGGACCUUUUCCUUCAUCGAAUGGUUUUCUCUAUAUUCUUUUGGCUGUUGAUUAUGUUUCCAAGUGGGUGGAAGCGAAAGCCACCAGGAGUAAUGAUUUUAAAGUUGUUGCAGAGUUUAUAAGAUCUCACAUUUUUAGUAGGUUUGGAAUGCCAAGAACUAUCAUUAGUGAUGGAGGUUCUCACUUUUGCAACAAGACCAUUGAGGCUUUGCUUAGGAAGUACAACGUUACUCAUAAGGUUUCGACGCCUUAUCAUCCUCAAACGAGUGGACAAGCAGAAGUUUCAAAUAGGGAGAUCAAGAGGAUACUUGAGAAAACCGUGGGGCCUUCAAGGAAAGAUUGGAGUCAACGUUUAGAGGAUGCAUUAUGGGCAUAUAGGACGGCCUACAAGACACCAAUUGGGAUGUCACCAUUUCGUUUGGUGUAUGGAAAGCCGUGCCACUUGCCUGUGGAGUUGGAGCAUAAAGCUUGGUGGGCAGUUAAGACAUUUAACUUGGAUCUGGAUGAAGCUGGCCUACACAGAAAGUUGCAACUCAAUGAACUUGAGGAAAUUCGGAAUGAGGCCUAUGAUAGUGCACGGAUUUACAAGGAAAAGACAAAGGCUUUUCAUGAUAAGAUGAUUCGUGGAAAGACCUUUGUAGUUGGUCAAAAAGUUCUUUUAUUUCAUUCUAGAUUACGCCUUUUUCCUGGUAAGUUGCGUUCUAGAUGGAAGGAGGUUAUCAAACUCCUAGAUUGUGGGGUGAUCUACCCCAUUUCAGACUCCAAGUGGGUCUCUCCAGUUCAGGUUGUGCCCAAGAAAUCUGGGGUAACUGUGGUGAAGAAUGCUGAGAACGAACUGGUGCCCCAAAGGACAGUCACAGGUCACAGAGUGUGCAUUGAUUACAGGAAGCUCAACGCAACAACAAGGAAAGAUCACUUUCCUCUUCCAUUCACAGAUCAGAUGCUUGAGCGCCUAGCUGGACAUGACUACUACUGCUUCUUGGAUGGCUACUCAGGCUACAAUCAGAUUGCCAUAGCCAAUGAAGAUCAAGAGAAGACUACCUUCACUUGCCCCUUUGGGACGUUUGCCUAUAGACGUAUGCCCUUUGGCCUUUGCAACGCUCCCGGUACCUUUCAGAGGUGUAUGGUAAGUAUCUUUUCAGAUUAUAUUGAGAAAAUCAUAGAGGUAUUUAUGGAUGACUUUUCAGUCUUUGGAAAGAAUUUCGAUGAUUGUCUUAAUAAUCUGGAAAUAAUUCUCAAACGUUGCAUGGAAACUAACCUUGUACUUAAUUGGGAGAAAUGCCAUUUUAUGGUUAAACAAGGAAUAGUUUUAGGACAUAUUGUCUCUGCUAGGGGAAUAGAGGUCGAUAAGGCCAAGGUUGAUAUUGUGCGUUACUUACCCUCUCCCACUUCUGUGAGAGAGAUUCGUUCUUUUCUUGGCCAUGCAGGUUUUUAUAGGAGGUUUAUCAAGGACUUCUCCGAGGCGAAACCUAGGCUUAUCAGAUGGGUCCUACUCUUACAAGAGUUUGACGUUGAAAUCAAGGACAAGAAGGGUAGUGAAAACGUGGUAGCUGACCACUUGAGUCGUUUGGUGCAUGCAGAAGACCCCCUCCCUCUGGUGGAGACGUUUCCAGAUGAGCAGCUCUUUGGACUUCAGGUAAGUGAACCAUGGUAUGCUGAUAUUGUGAACUAUAUUGUUUCUAGGAAGAUUCCUGAUACCAUGUCACGUGCUCAUAGAGAUAGGCUUAAGAAAACUGUUAAGCAAUAUGUUUGGGAUGAACCUUAUUUGUGGAAAUAUUGCUCUGAUCAACUUAUUAGGAGAUGUGUGCCUGACCAUGAAACUUGUGAUAGAUGCCAACGAACCGGAAAUCUAAGUUCUAGAGAUCAAAUGCCAUUGUCUAAUAUUAUAACUGUUGAAAUAUUUGAUGUCUGGGGCAUAGAUUUCAUGGGACCUUUCCCUUCAUCUUUUGGGUUUCUAUAUAUCUUACUUGCAGUGGAUUAUGUUUCCAAAUGGGUGGAAGCAAAGGCCACUCGAACUAAUGACUCUAAGGUUGUUGCAGAUUUUAUCAAGUCUAACAUCUUUAGCAGGUUUGGAAUGCCUAGAGUUCUCAUUAGUGAUGGUGGAUCCCACUUUUGCAAUCGGACGAUUGAGGCCUUGUUGAAGAAAUAUGAUGUUACCCAUAAGGUUUCUACACCUUAUCACCCCCAAACUAGUGGGCAGGCUGAGGUCUCAAAUCGUCAGAUCAAGGGGAUAUUGGAAAAGACUGUGAACCCCAACAGGAAGGAUUGGUCCCUACGCUUGGAGGAUGCUUUGUGGGCCUACAGAACUGCAUACAAGACUCCCAUAGGUAUGUCCCCAUAUCGAAUUGUUUAUGGCAAACCUUGCCAUUUACCUGUGGAGUUAGAGCACAAAGCUUGGUGGGCUGUGAAGCAGUUCAACAAGGAUAUUGAUGAAGCUGGGCUUCAUAGGAAGCUGCAGUUGCAAGAGUUAGAGGAGAUUAGGAAUGAUGCUUUCGAAAGUGCAAACAUCUAUAAAGAAAAGACUAAGGCAUUCCAUGAUAAAAUGAUUCGAAGGAAGACUUUUCGUUUGGCUGGCCAUGACUACUACUGCUUCCUGGAUGGCUACUCAGGAUACAAUCAGAUUGCCAUAGCCAAUGAAGACCAAGAGAAGACAACCUUCACUUGCCCCUUUGGGAUAUUUGCCUAUCGACGUAUGCCCUUUGGACUUUGCAACGCCCCAGGUACCUUUCAGAGGUGUAUGGUAAGUAUUUUUUCAGAUUAUAUUGAGAAAAUCAUAGAGGUAUUCAUGGAUGACUUUUCAGUUUUUGGAAAGAAUUUUGAUGAUUGUCUUAAUAAUCUGGAAAUAAUUCUAAAACGUUGCAUGGAAACUAACCUUGUACUUAAUUGGGAGAAAUGCCAUUUUAUGGUUAAACAAGGAAUAGUUCUAGGACAUAUUGUUUCUGCUAGGGGAAUAGAGGUUGAUAAGGCCAAGGUGGAUAUUGUGCGUUACUUACCCUCUCCCACUUCUGUGAGAGAGAUUCGUUCUUUCCUUGGCCAUGCAGGUUUUUAUAGGAGGUUUAUCAAGGACUUCUCCAAGAUUUCGAGACCUCUAUGCCAACUACUCCAGAAGGAUGUACCGUUUCACUUUGACAAGGAAUGUCAAGAUGCUUUUGACAAGCUUAAGGAGUUGUUGACGUCAGCCCCCAUCAUGCUACCUCCAGAUUGGUCCUUGCCCUUUGAGUUGAUGUGUGAUGCCUCUGACUAUGCAGUUGGAGCUGUUUUGGGGCAAAGGAAGGACAAACGACCCUAUGCCAUCUACUACGCGGAUGGCUACUCAGGAUACAAUCAGAUUGCCAUAGCCAAUGAAGACCAAGAGAAGACAACCUUCACUUGCCCCUUUGGGAUAUUUGCCUAUCGACGUAUGCCCUUUGGACUUUGCAACGCCCCAGGUACCUUUCAGAGGUGUAUGGUAAGUAUUUUUUCAGAUUAUAUUGAGAAAAUCAUAGAGGUAUUCAUGGAUGACUUUUCAGUUUUUGGAAAGAAUUUUGAUGAUUGUCUUAAUAAUCUGGAAAUAAUUCUAAAACGUUGCAUGGAAACUAACCUUGUACUUAAUUGGGAGAAAUGCCAUUUUAUGGUUAAACAAGGAAUAGUUCUAGGACAUAUUGUUUCUGCUAGGGGAAUAGAGGUUGAUAAGGCCAAGGUGGAUAUUGUGCGUUACUUACCCUCUCCCACUUCUGUGAGAGAGAUUCGUUCUUUCCUUGGCCAUGCAGGUUUUUAUAGGAGGUUUAUCAAGGACUUCUCCAAGAUUUCGAGACCUCUAUGCCAACUACUCCAGAAGGAUGUACCGUUUCACUUUGACAAGGAAUGUCAAGAUGCUUUUGACAAGCUUAAGGAGUUGUUGACGUCAGCCCCCAUCAUGCUACCUCCAGAUUGGUCCUUGCCCUUUGAGUUGAUGUGUGAUGCCUCUGACUAUGCAGUUGGAGCUGUUUUGGGGCAAAGGAAGGACAAACGACCCUAUGCCAUCUACUACGCCUCAAGGACUCUGAAUGAUGCACAAAUGAAUUACUCUACCACAGAGAAAGAGCUCCUUGCAGUUGUCUUUGCCCUUGAAAAGUUUCGUUCCUACUUACUUGGUACCAAGGUGAUUAUUUAUACUGACCAUGCAGCUUUGAAGUACUUGAUGACCAAGAAGGAGGCGAAACCA